AUGCCAGUCUCCCAGCCAGAGCGUGUCGCUAUCAUAGGGGGUGGUUGCACGGGAAUCACCUCGUUCUGGGCUCUGCAAAACUCCGACCAUGACGUCCAUCUUUUUGAAGCAUCCGAUGCUCUUGGUGGGCGUAUCAAGUCGCUACCGUUCGAGCACGAUGGUAUUCAAGUCAAAGUGAAUUCAGAAUCGCCAAUCUAUAAUGUUGAGACUUCUCCCAAUCUGGAUUCAUUGCUGCGCUGCCUGGGGAUCUCAACCACUAGUUACCGAUUCAGCGUCAGGACAAAUGACGGUGCUAGCAGUUCCUGGUGGAGUGACAGCAUACUACGCAGCAUUCUUCUUCGUCCUUGGGUUCUUUCUCAGAAAGAGACUUAUGCUGUACUACGGGACAUCAUCUGGCUUAGAUUCCUAGCCAUCGAUGUGCUGGAUCAGAACGUCCAUUCCUCUAGAUCGAAUGACCUUGCGUCGUGUCUUUCUGCCCAGAGCUAUCUGUCCAAAGAAGGAUACUCGGACAGUUUUCGUGAUAGGUAUCUAGCUCCAAUCCUUUCAGUGCUAUGGGGUACAAAUGCUGGUAAGCUCCUUUCACGGCUACCCGUCAAAGUCGCUAUCCGCUGUUUGUAUGACCAUCAAUUGCUCUGGUACCGGCAGAAUGUUCCGGAGUGGCGUCGUAUUGAACUUGGCGCGCACCACCUGGUGCAAGUCAUGUCUCGUGAUUUUGAUUCUUCGAAGGUGCAUCUAGACGCUAGAGUUCGGCAAUUGACCCGAUACGACAAAAGGCUCUACAGACUGGUUACGGCUGAUGGCAUUGAGAUGGACUUUGAUCGCAUCAUCUUCGCUGUCGAUGGGGAGGAGAUAAUGCAGAUACUAGGACCUCAGGCGAGCGCGCAAGAAAGGAAGAUCAUCGGUGGUCUGGGGACGACUAAGAACAUCUCCGUGUUACAUUCGGACUCCUUAGUUGGUGAAGGCCUAAGGUCUUUAGCUCAUGCUGCGGCAGCGGACGGCUGGGGAAGCGCUGCUCAUCAUCUGAGCCAGCUUUUGCGCGACAGAGAACGUCCUACGGCCGUUUACAAUUACAUGCUGGAGCCCUACGUGACUGGGAGCUCACCGAACUCAGCAUUCCGAAAGUCCAGUCUUAGCUAUACUAUCAAUGCCUUGGAGGACACUCCAGCUUCCCUCUACGGUCCAAUCUACAUAACGCUGAAUCCAUUCACGCCACCUCACCCUAGCGUUGUCCAAAGUGUAUGGGAGUUCACUAAUCCAGAGCCAACCUCCAGCACGCUCCGAGCACAGGAUGACCUUAAGCUCAUUCAGAACCAAAGAGGCCUGAGCUACGGAUUUCGCUGGACAGGUCGUGGACAUCUCGAAGAUGCCGUCACUGCGGGCUUGAGGAUCGCGAUUGAAGAUCUGAACGCGGAAGUCCCUUUUCAUGUUGAGUAUCAAUCAGAACCUUUUGCGGCGGACCUUACCCGGCCCAGUCUGGGUCUUUCGAUUCAAAUCAUACGGACUCUUCUUCGGAUUUUACAAUUCUAUAUCCUCAUUUUAGCCUUGCUCAUUCCCAUGCUGCCUGGUCCAGUCUCGCGGUUAAUCGCCCGUUACCGCCCGACAACUACAAGCACAAAUGCCAACAAGCUAUCUUGA